CGUAGACUGACAAAAGGAGACAAGACGGGAGUAAGGUGGGGUGGUAUCGGGACGUUAUUCUCAUCAAUAUUCCUCUCAAUCUCCACUUCCCCCUGGGGCUUUCUACUGGGAAGGCACAAACCCCUGCAAUCAGAGGCGCUUGGAAAGAUGCGUUUGACUUUUUGAUGUGGCAGCGACAUAUACGGCAUUGGCCACUGCAUUGGUCAGCUACGCACUGCAGCCUGCAGGCUUGCCCCAGGGAGCCUUACCUGGAAAAUCUCCACAAUUUGCAAGCAUUCAUUUUUUGAAUCAACUUUAAGGCGAACAGAAGUUGGAGGCCACAUCCCUUUGGUAGUCACGCUUGUGCAGCACCAAUUGAAAGACAAGCGCCAUAUAUUGGCAGCUGUUGGAGCUGCGAGCUGGUGAACAGAGGAACAAAGGGAGAACAGAGCACAAUUCUAUCUGCACGAUGUGAUCAUCAGCUUACAGGAAGGCGGCAACCCAGCGGAAUGGACAGGGUCAAGGCCCUCUUGAACCGGGUCAGAAGGAUUUUUCGUCGUGAUGAAACCAAGGUAGCGUCCCCCCUUUGCGACACCCUAGGCUGCGGGACUGGCUUCCCAGAGCUCAGGCCUUCGGCUCAGCUGAACAAGCCGCUGGUCCAUCUCUCGCCAGUCCUGAGAACAGUGGAGGUCUGCAAAGGGCGGCUUGAACACUUACCUGCCAACGUUAGGCAUCACACGAGCCUGCACAAGAAGGUCACAAUAGAGCAUGCAGAGGGCAAGAAGGAGGCUGCCUCUGGUAGUGCAUCUGCACUGACAGCGGGCGCAAUGAUCCACAGUGUCACCAUUGGCGCGGGCCAUUCCAGGGGUCAUGCCGAGCUGCGGAUGCAGCUGUCGUCACAUGACUUCUGCGAAGAGGACAACUUCCUGUCCAGUCUUAGUCUGUGCAACUCCGAUUUAAAGGACGGCACCAAGUUGGGCAUGAUCCCAGAGUUGGAAGCGGCCCUCCCAAGAACCUGGAACGCGCGCGUGCUGGCACAACACAUCCUCGAGACCGGCCUUGUCGUUGUGAUGGCUGUGAACGUGGGCACACUUCGGCAGCAGUCGGGGAGCAAGACUGAGGAACUCGGAGGUCGACGUGCGGCGACCAACACGAAAGCAAGCUUGGGGGCCACGACGCCGGACGGAACCGGUCUCUCUGCCGGCGUCGAGUUCGGCAGCUCGGCUGCGGCGUCAGGAGAGCACAAGGAGGAGGUGACAAGAGCCGACGAACAUGGGACUGCGGACGACGCCGUGGUAUUUACCGCCACUACCGUCCUGCAGAGCGAGCUUGUCCGAGACGAGGCCCGGCGGCGUCUUCUCGAAGAUGCGAUAAAGUGGAUCCAAGCAGCCGCCAACCGGUGGUGCUUGAACCAAGUCGUCGAUGGCUCGGGCACCCCCUUUUCGCUGAGCCGGGUGCCCCACUUCGACCUGGCGGCGUACCUCGACUUCCAACGCGUCAAGCAGACGUCACAGGCCACCAGCGAAACCUGGAGGCAGUACGUCAGCGAGACCGAGCUAGGAACGGCCGGUGCUGCAGGGAGCCCGGUAUCCGUCAAGGCUGGCAGCGAGUUUCUGUUCCAGGAGAUGUCGCGGUUUGGCAUGGCCCGGAGGUUCUACGUCAAUACUGAUCCUGUACGCUUCACAGGCGGCGUGCCGGUUGGCAUCAAACUUUGGAUCACGGGCAUUGACAACGACACGCUCGAGCUGUGCAUUGAGCGCACCAACCAGCUGCCCGACAUUCUGGUGCGCGCCGGAUUUGCCAGCCGGAUGGAGGGCGGCGAGUGGCACCCAGGCCGAAGCGCGCUUUCGCGCUAUGUCAAAUUCAAAGGCAUGAACGUGGAUUGCGCCGAGGUUUCUUAUUCGGAGCAGCAGCAGGGCAAGGUCCACGUGCUCACAGGCGCCCGUUUAGCCAUCACCAAGGCCAAGCCCGGGGACAGCGCUCCGGUCUUGUCUAUCAAGGGCCACUACUCCGUCCUCGAGGGGGCGCGGCUAAUCACCUCCCAGUGGGAGCCCUCUCGGCGGACCCCUUCCGCAAGCACGGGGACCCCUUCCGGGAGCUCUAGCAGGGGCUUGCCGACGUUGUCGUCUCUCAGUGGCGUAAGUGUGGCUGAGACUCAGGGGUCGACGACGACCUCCUGCGAAGGGAACGAGUCUGACGAGCGGGAGGUCGACCGCGAGCGUCAGCAGGAGUCGAAGCUGGGUAGGUACGUCAGGCUUGCCAGCUUGACUCGGGGGCCUGAUCGGCAACCGGGGUACUGGCUUCUGACCGGUGUGGCGCUUGAUGUCGACCCGGCCAAGGUGCUUCAACUGCGGGCCAGGUUUUCCUUAUUUGAGUUUCCCACCGAGGAGGUGGAGCGUGGGAGCUAGGGAGGUUUGUGUUGAGGACUGCGGCAGCGUCCGAGGCGUGUACAGAUGACUGGAUUGAAGGACGAGGCAGCUAAUGCUAGACGGCGGUAGCAGAGUUGUCAUUCUUGUAGCAUGGUGAUCAUGUAUAUAUUAGAGGAAUUGGUUGUAGUCUAGUCUUGCCUUUUGCCAGGAAUAGACCAAUUGAGAAGGGGUCGAUAGAGUGAGGUGAAGGCCCGAAAGGCAGGGGUUGGAAAAAGACUUGGUUGUUUGCAAUUGAUGUAGGAGAUCUGCUUUGCAUCAUAUAAGAGAAGGCGCGAGCAGUCGAUUAUAAGGGGAAAGACAAGGCCCUAUAUGAUAGCGCAUUUAAGGCUAUCCGUGUAGGCGAUGAAAGGACUUUGAGCGGCCGGGGAGCAAAGCUGCAUUGGCUAGAUGACUAACCAUAGACUUAUUCUUUGUCUA